AUGGACGCAUGGGCGACGACGCAGAAGCGCAAGUGCCUGGACAAGGAGGAGACGGCUGGCAUGUGCGCCAACGGUUGCGGCUUCUUCGGCGCCGCCGCCACCGGCAACAUGUGCUCCAAGUGCUACCUGGACCACGUAACCCACACCGCUAACGCCAUGGCCACCUCGACCGGGCCUCCGGAGAAGAAGGCCAGGAUGAUCGUCGCCGUCCCGUCCUCUGAUGUUGCGGCCGCCUCCUCCACCGCCGCCGCAGUUGAAUCCUCUGCGACGUCCGUGAAGCAGCCGCCGGUGGCGGCGAACCGGUGCGCGACGUGCCGCAAGAAGGUGGGCCUGCUGGGGUUCCGAUGCCGCUGCGAGGCCACCUUCUGCAGCGUGCACCGCUACUCGGAGAAGCACGACUGCGGAUUCGACUACAAGACCGCCGGCCAGGAGCAGAUCGCCAAGCACAAACCUGUCGUGGUUGCGGACAAGAUCACCCGAAGGAUCUGA